UUUUCUUGUUGCACUGGAGAGCUGAGGUUCAUACUACACGGCAUCUCCAUCAAUCUAACCCUAAUUCCUAAAUUUCUCUCGAAGAAAUCUAAAUACCGUGAAAUUGAAGGAAGGUUGGGAAAUUUGGCUGUCUUAAUCGGCGAGACAUCGCGAUGAAUAUCGCCUUUUCGCACUCCGCGAUGUCGCCGAUGGCCGCGAAUGAUUUUUUCUCUCCUCCGCCUUCCUCCAGUGGCGGCGGAGAUUCGCCGGAGAUUCCCGAUGCUUGGUACGGAAACAUACAGUACCUGCUUAACAUCUCGGCGAUUGGUCUUCUUUGCUGCGUAUCCAUCUUCUUCCUAGUCAAGCUUCGCAGCGACCACCAUCGCAUGCCUGGUCCGUCUGCGAUAUUCUCCAAGCUCCUCGCUGUCUGGAAAGCCACGUGUCGCGAAAUCGCUCGUCACUGUGGUGCUGACGCAGCUCAGUUCCUCCUCAUCGAAGGUGGUAGCUUCGUUCUCCUUUUCUCCGUCGCGAUUUUGGCCGUCUCCGUUAUGCUUCCGUUGAAUCUAUAUGCCGGGACCGCUAUGCUGAAUGAUGAAUUAUCCAAAACGAUGAUUACCCACAUUAAGAAAGGUUCGGGUCUGCUUUGGGUUCAUUUUGCUUUUGUUGUGAUUGUCGUUCUCCUAGCGCAUUUUGGGAUUUCUGCCAUUGAAGGGAGGCUUAAGUUUACUAGAUUUAGAGAUGGGAACGGUAAUCUCAGCGACCCAAAUACGAGUUCUACUGCCUUAUUUACUAUUAUGGUUCAGGGUUUACCGAAAACCUUAGGAUCUGAUAGAUCUGUGUUCGAAGAGUAUUUUCGAGAAAAGUAUCCGGGUAAAGUUUUCAAGAUCAUAAUACCUAUGGAUUUAUGCGCAUUGGAUGAUCUUGCCACAGAAUUGGUUCGUGUAAGGGAUGAUAUUACUUGGUUGGUUGCCAGGAUGGACUCUAGGCUUUUGCCUGAGGAGAUUCAGAGUGUCGAACAUGGAGGAUUACUGAGUUGGGUACGCAUUCUGUGGAUGAAGGUGAAGGUACCGUGGUCUCAGAUUACUGAGCGGAUGGGUUUUACUGAUGAAGAAAAGCUAAGACAGUUGCAAGAGUUGAGAGCUGAGUUGGAGACUCAGUUGUCAGCUUACAAAGAAGGACGAGCACAAUGUGCUGGGGUUGCUUUUGUGGUAUUUAAGGAUGUGUACACAGCUAAUAAGGCUAUUCAGGAUUUCCGAACGGAUAGAUCAAGGCGAUUUGGAAAGUUCUUCUCUGUGACCGAGCUACGGCUGCAGAGGAACCAGUGGAAAGUCGAGAGAUCACCUCUGGCUACCGACAUCUACUGGAAUAAUCUGGGAUUAACCAAAUUCUCCUGUAGAAUGCGACGGGUAAUUGUUAACUCGAUUCUGCUGCUGAUGCUUGUGUUUUUCAGUUCUCCACUUGCCUUGAUCAGCGCCUUGAUAAGUGCCGGGCGGAUCAUCAAUGCCGAAGCCGUGGAUAAUGCCCAGUCGUGGUUCACUUGGGUGCAAACUUCCGGGUGGAUUGGGUCUCUGAUCUUCCAAUUCUUGCCUAACGUCAUCAUAUUCAUCAGCAUGUACAUUAUUAUUCCCUCGGUUCUCUCUUAUUUUUCCAAGUUUGAACGACACUUGACUGUGUCUGGGGAACAAAGAGCGGCUCUCUUGAAGAUGGUUUGCUUCUUCCUUGUGAACCUCAUCGUGCUGAAAGCUCUUGUCGAGUCAUCACUCGAGACCGCGCUCUUAAAAAUGGGUCGUUGCUAUUUGGACGGCGAGGACUGCAAGAGGAUUGAAGAAUACAUGAGUCCUUCAUUCUUAUCAAGAUCAUGCCUUUCCGCUCUGGCUUUCCUCAUCACGAGCACUUUCUUGGGAAUCUCCUUCGAUCUACUGGCACCAAUCCCGUGGAUCAAGAAGAAGAUCCAGAGAUUCAGGAAGAACGACAUGCUCCAACUGGUUCCUGAGCAAAACGAGGAGUACCCUUUGGAAAAUCAAGACACAAUCAGCCUUCAGACACCACUUAUUCCCGACAACACAUUUGAGUCUCCCGGGUUGUUGGGUCAUGACCUCGCGGAAUAUCCCAUCAGCCGAACCUCCCCAAUCCCGAAACAGAAAUUCGACUUUGCCCAAUACUACGCCUUCAACCUCACCAUCUUUGCCCUAACGAUGAUAUACUCCGCGCUCUCCCCACUCGUGGUUCCUGUGGGGGCUGUCUACUUCGGGUAUAGAUACAUCGUGGAUAAAUACAACUUCCUGUUUGUGUACAGAGUCCGAGGUUUCCCUUCAGGCAACGAGGGAAAGCUUAUGGACACGGUGUUUUGUAUAAUGCGCUUCUGUGUAGAUUUGUUCCUAGUCUCCAUGUUGCUUUUCUUCUGGGUGAAGGGGGAUUCCACAAAGCUCCAAGCCAUUUUCACACUGGGAGUGUUGGUGAUGUACAAACUCCUGCCUUCUGAUUCCGACAGGUUUCACCCGGCUUUGCUUCGAGGGUUUCAGACAGUGGACGACCUCGUCGACGGUCCCAUCGAUUACGAGCUUUAUUCCCGACCCAACUUCGACUGGGACACUCACCACAGAUGAUGAUGAUGAUUCUACGACUUGGUUGCUUGAUUCUCUUUGUUGUCCUAAUAGAACCGAGGAAAUUUUGCUGUUCCCUCUGUAGUUUUGUAUAUUAUGAUUGUGCAUAAUCAAAAUAUCUUAUGAAAAAAAAGGAUAAAAUCAUUGAUAAAUUGAAGUUUAAUCAG